AAGUGAUAUAUUGAGCAGGUAAGAGUAAGAGGCUGUCAUGAUAUUCAUUUGUGCAUUUCUCCUUCUUUUGGUCCCACCAGUCAUCCAUGCACAAGAACCAGAAGAACCCUUAGAUCCAUGUAAGAGAUUUGCCUCCUUUAAUAAAGAAUGUGAAAUAACAAUGGCCAAGUGUAAUCCAGCGGAUCCAAGAUGUUGUGGUUGUCCCUUGUUGUUUAGGGACCCAGUUACCAAGUUGAUUAAAACGCCGUUCGAGGUAGCCUACAAGCUGGGAAUGUGUUUAUGUGAGGAUUGUAUUCGGAGAUCGUAUUUCUGUCUUCCUAAGGACUUCCGCUCGAUCUUAAGCUAUGGAAAACCAAAAGUAUCUCGUUAUUACCCAGGAGCACCACCAGAUGACGCUGAUAAUACCCCCUAA